AUGCAAAUAUUUGUGGCUUUUGUGGUAAGUGAGCGACGCCAGCUGCUGCGGCAAAGUGACAAACUGCUAACACAUGUCGCUCAACUGCUUAAUAUGACGACCGAGAGUCUCUCAAAUAUGCUGACAAACGCUACAAAUCAAACGACAGCAGCAACGGUAGCAGCAACCUCAACGGCGACAACAUCAGCAGCCACUAGGGACAGCAGUCAAGCCGAUUCCCUGAUGUUGCUCAGCAUUUUGACUGUUUGCUAUGCGCUGAUCCUUGUGGCCGGCGUGCUCGGCAAUCUCAUCACCUGCAUUGUCAUCUCGCGCAACAAUUUCAUGCAUACGGCCACGAAUUUCUAUUUAUUCAACUUGGCAGUCUCGGAUUUAAUAUUGCUGCUGUCAGGUAUACCCAAGGAGCUGUACAACCUGUGGUGUCCCAAUGCGUAUCCCUUUACGGACGGCAUCUGUAUACUGGAGAGCGUGCUCUCCGAAAUGGCUGCCAAUGCCACAGUGCUGACUAUCACAGCGUUUACGGUGGAGCGUUAUAUUGCCAUUUGCCAUCCGUUUCGGCAACAUACCAUGUCCAAGCUAUCACGUGCCAUCAAGUUCAUAUUUGCCAUUUGGUUGACAGCAUUUUUGUUGGCGCUGCCACAAGCCAUGCAAUUCUCGGUGGUUAACCAGGAUGAUGGCUACUCCUGCACGAUGGAAAACGAUUUCUAUGCGCACGUGUUUGCAGUCUCGGGCUUCAUCUUUUUUUGCGGUCCAAUGACGGCAAUCUGUGUACUUUAUGUGCUGAUUGGCAUGAAGCUGAAGCGCAGCCGUCUGCUGCAAUCGCUGCCUAGGCGUGCGUACGAUGCGCAUCGAGGACUCAACGCGCAGAGUCGCGUCAUCAGAAUGUUGGUAGCUGUAGCCGUUGCGUUCUUCCUAUGCUGGGCGCCCUUCCAUGCGCAACGCCUGAUGGCAGUCUAUGGAGUGUCGCUGAUAAACGCCUGCCGCUGUCGCGAUGCCUUUAACGAUUACUUCCGCAUACUUGAUUACACCUCCGGCGUGCUCUACUUUCUAUCCACCUGCAUUAAUCCGCUGCUCUACAACAUCAUGAGCCAUAAAUUUCGCGAGGCUUUCAAGAUAACGCUGACGCGACAGUUUGGCCUGGCCAGGAGUCAUCAGCAGAGCCAGUACCAUCAGCACAACUACAGCGCUCUGAUGCGCCUGCACGGCUCCAUGCGCAUGCAGCCCGCCAGCUGCAGUGUGAACAACAAUGCGCUGGAGCCUUAUGGUUCUUAUCGAGUGGUGCAGUUUCGCUGCCGCGAUGCGCAUCAGCUGUCGCUGCAGGACAGCAUACGCACCAAUACCACAACCACAACAAUUAACAGCAGCAGCCUGGGUGUUGCUGGCGGCGGCGGUAGCAAUGUAGUUGGCAGCGCUGGGCGACGCUUGCCGCAACGUCUGCUGCAGUCGCGGCUUCCCUCGCUGGACGCUGGCAAGGAGCUGCCAGAUGCACAAUGCCAUUAUGGAAGUGCGCGAGCUAAGCGCUCGCUGCUGGCCACCAACAAUGGCGCGCUGCUGCUAACAACUGCAGCCGAAGCGCCAGCAGAGCCUGAAGCACAGCCCAGCACACGCUUGAAGCUAACGCGUGUUAUCAGUCGACGCGAUGAUGCAACAGCAGCAGCACCAGCUUUUAGUGGCAGCAGCAGUCUGCCGGAAGCGGAUCUGUGCCACAGCGUGGAUGGUGGCAAUGAAGUGCGCAAGUUCCCUUGGCGCAAAAAGCGACAGAAGCCGCACAGCGCCAACAGCAGCAGCAGCGGCGGCAGCGGCAGCAACAACAAUGAAUCAGCCAAGUCAGCGGAAGCUUUGGGCUAUGCCACGCCCAAGUCGCUGUGAUAGACGCUGGACUGGAGUAAGUAAGUGCAAGGAUUAGUUUAGUUAUGUUACAAAAAUUGCAAGUAUUUGUAGUUAGUAUUAGAUUGAUGCGUACAUUGUGCUUCUUUUUUUUUUUGUUGUUGUUUGUGUAUCCUUAUUGGCUAUAAAAAAUGACAUUGUCAGACGCAGACGAUUUAUGCCAAGCAUAAAGCCAAGUUAAUACGCUGGGCAGUGAGCCGAACUGCAGGCAUAAAUUAAACGUUAAGAGUUCA